AUGGCAGAUUGCGACGAUCCUAAGCAACUUCUUAUCGAAGCUGAAAGCAUGAAAAAACUUGCUUUCUGUGGUGUUGCCGUUUCCACUGUGGCAACUUUGGUAGCAAUUAUUUGCGUGCCAAUGCUAUGCACCUAUAUGCAAAAUGUUCAAUCCAAUUUACAAGAUGAAAUUAGUUUCUGCCGGACACGCGCUAUAGGAUUACGUGGGGAAUACACAAAAGUAUAA